GUUCAUUCUACGGUUAACUUUUUUUCUUUAUCAUCUAAUAAUGAUUAUUGAACAAAGUGAUAUGGUUAAAAGUCUCCAAGGUUCUUAGACGGUUUCCUGCACAAAGGGCCUCAGAUUUGGUUUUUCUGAUAGCCACUCAGUCGGUAGGGUUUUUUGUAAAGUAAAUGAGUGUAAAGUAAGUGUUCGAGGUUUAGAAACGCAUUAUCCGUCUCAGCAUCUAGUCGUAUGUAUUUAUUAUAAGUCUAUGGGGGCGGAUAUAGUUAUGUUGUGGAAUUUAGUGGCUAGAGGUCUGAUACUGACAUAAGUCAUGUUCGUGUGCUAUUUGCACGUAAUGGAGAUGGUAGCAAGGUUAUUCCGUUAUUCAUGCGAUGUGGAUAUUGUUAUUGUUAAAGGUUCGACAUGUCUUAACAGUAGGCGAAGUCUUCAUCGGAUAUAGUAUAGAUGAGCUAGGAUGAUCUAGCAUGUGAUCUGUUAGCUCGCUUAGGGUUCAGAUAUAACCACGUCGGUAUCACAAAGUAAUAUUAAUUUCAUGAGAUAUACAGUCACAGCAGAAAAUCCCUCUUUGCUCUUAUAAAAAGGGGUUGGAUUCAAUAAUUAUUACAGCAGAUUUCAUUCAGCUUUAUUAGAAAUAACUUAAAAAGGACCCUUUGCAUUCAUAAGAAUAAACGCAUGAAAUUCUGCAAAAUGACAAGAAGAUGCCAUCUUUGCCAAAUAGAAGAAGACACCACAAAUAAAGUAUAAAGCUUAAAAAGAGUCAGCAAGUUUAUUGCGUUUCUUAUUUUCUUUCUCUGCAUAAAUCUCUUUUAAAGAAUUUUCCGUCUCUUUCACGGCCGGAAUUUGAUCAUUUUCGGAUUCUCCAUUUUUAACAAUGGGAGAAGCUCAACAACUACAACUUCAAGUCAUAGGCCAGAAAUCAGAAUCACCAAACAAACCUGAUCACACCAACCUGACCAACCGGCCGACGUUUUCUCCAAUGAGAAGCUACAAAUGGCGGCUAAAAAUAUCAGUUUAUGUAUUCUUCGUUCUUGCUGGCCAGACAGUAGCUACAAUUUUAGGAAGAUUGUACUUCGAAAAAGGCGGUACCAGCAAAUGGUUGGCUACACUGGUUCAACCCGGCGGAUUUCCUCUUAUUCUAGUUCUUUACCUCCUGUCACCGCCCAAAGAUUCCCCUGAUGAUCUUGACUCUCCAUCUAAGUUAACACUUGCAGUAAUUUACGUCGUGUUUGGUGUAUUUUUAGCAGCGAAUAGUUUGUUAUAUUCGUUUGGGCUCUUAUACUUACCGGUAUCUACGUAUACACUCAUUUGUGCAUCUCAAUUAGGGUUCAAUGCUUUGUUUUCCUUGCUACUCAAUGCACAGAAAUUUACACCUUACAUUAUCAACUCCGUCUUCAUUUUAACCAUUUCCUCUACUCUCCUCGUGUUCCAAGGCGAUGAUGAAGGCUCUACAGAAUCGAACAAGGUUUCAAAGGGGAAGUACAUUAUCGGAUUUAUAUGCACCGUGGGCGCUUCUGCCGGAUAUGGAUUAAUGCUUUCUUCAACUCAAUUCUGUUUCAAUAGAAUCCUGAAACAGGAUAAUUUCAAGGUUGUUCUAGACUUGAUAUUUUACCCGUCUUUCGUGGCUACCGGAGUUGUUUUAGUCGGACUUUUCGCCAGCGGAGAAUGGAACGGAUUGUGGAAAGACAUGGAAGAUUUUGAGCUAGGAAAUAUUUCUUACGUAAUGGUUUUGAUUUGGACGGCUAUAAGUUGGCAGGUUUUUUCAAUUGGGUGUACAGGAUUAAUCUUUGAAGUUUCUUCACUCUUCUCCAAUGUCAUUAGUACUUUCGGUUUACCGAUUGUUCCGGUGCUCGCCGUGUUUGUUUUCCGGGAUAAAAUGAAUGGGUUGAAGGUGAUUUCAAUGGUGAUGGCGAUAUGGGGAUUUGUUUCAUAUGGGUAUCAGCAUUAUGUUGAUGAUUACAAGUCUAAGACAGGAUUAGUUAGUCUCAAUGAAGAGGAUCCUGAAGGUUUAAAAGAUCAAAUACUCACAGUUAAUGAAAUAAUUGUCUUAGAGGGUUAAUUAUAUUAAUAGUACCCAAACUUUGCUCCACAUAUCAUAUAGAUAUCUGAAUUUUAAUUUGGAAAAACUCAUUUUCAGGUCCUUAAACUAUAUUUGUUUUAUUUAUGUGAUCCUUAAACUAUUUUUUUGUUCUUAUCUGCUCCUUCAACUUAGCGAAAAAUCAUUUUCCAGUCCCUGACUGACAAACGACGCCGUUUAGGAUAUCAAUUUGCAUUUUCAAAAAUAAUAAAACAACACCGUUUUUAUCAUUCAGGGGCUUGAAAAUGUGUUUUCGCUUAUUUGAAAUACUGGAUAAGGAUAAAAAAUAGUUUAAGGACCAGAUAAACAAAACAUAUAUAGUUUAGGAACUUAAAAAUGAAUUAUUCCUUUUA